GAUUACUCGGUGCCCAAAAAGCUGAGGAGCCGAAAGAUUCAGAUCCGGAAUAUCCCCCCGCACCUGCAGUGGGAGGUGCUGGAUGGCCUGUUAGCUCAAUAUGGCACUGUGGACAAUGUAGAGCAAGUCAACACAGACACAGAAACAGCAGUUGUCAACGUAACGUAUGCGACUAAAGAAGAAGCAAAAGUAGCAAUUGAGAAGCUCAGCGGCCACCAGUUUGAGAACUAUUCCUUCAAGAUUUCCUACAUCCCGGAUGAAGAGGUGAGCUCCCCUCCGCCCCCUCAGCGAUCCCGCCGCGGGGGCCACUCUUCCAGGGAGCAGGGCUCCUCCCCGGGGGGCUCCUCGCAGCCCAAACAGCUCGAUUUCCCACUGCGGAUGCUGGUGCCCACGCAGUUUGUUGGUGCGAUCAUAGGAAAGGAGGGCUUGACCAUAAAGAACCUUACUAAGCAAACCCAGUCAAAGGUUGACAUCCAUCGAAAAGAGAAUGCCGGUGCAGCUGAAAAACCCAUCACCAUCCAUGCCACACCUGAGGGGUGCUCUGAGGCCUGCCGCAUGAUCCUUGAUAUCAUGCAGAAGGAGGCUGACGAAACGAAAUCAGCAGAAGAGAUUCCUUUAAAAAUCCUAGCACACAACAGUCUGGUUGGGAGACUGAUUGGCAAGGAGGGCCGAAACCUCAAGAAGAUCGAGCAAGACACCGGAACGAAGAUCACAAUCUCUCCUUUGCAGGAUUUAACCAUUUAUAACCCUGAGCGGACCAUCACAGUGAAGGGCAGCACGGAGGCAUGUUCAAAUGCAGAAGUGGAGAUCAUGAAGAAGUUGCGAGAGGCCUACGAGAAUGACGUCGUGGCCGUCAACCAACAAGCUAACCUGAUUCCAGGACUGAACCUCAGCGCUUUGGGCAUCUUCUCAACAGGGCUGUCCAUGCUCCCAUCUGCCACAGGGACCCGAGGUGCUGCUGCUCCUUACCACCCGUUUGCAAGCUCCUCCGCGUACCUCUCGGGGCUGUACGGAGCCUCCCCGGUUGGCGCCUUCCCACAUCAGCACCCCCUCCCGGAGCAGGAGGUUGUGAAUCUGUUCAUCCCGACGCAAGCGGUGGGGGCCAUCAUUGGGAAGAAGGGGCAACACAUCAAACAGCUUGCGAGGUUUGCUGGAGCCUCCAUCAAGAUUGCACCAGCAGAAGGUCCCGAGGCCAGUGAGCAGAUGGUUGUCAUCACGGGGCCACCCGAGGCCCAGUUCAAGGCCCAGGGGCGGAUAUUUGGGAAGCUCAAAGAAGAAAACUUUUUUAACCCGAAAGAAGAGGUGAAGCUUGAAGCCCACAUCAAGGUGCCUUCCUUUGCAGCCGGCCGCGUGAUAGGCAAAGGUGGCAAAACGGUGAACGAACUGCAAAAUUUAACCAGUGCAGAAGUCAUUGUGCCACGAGACCAAACCCCAGAUGAGAACGAGGAGGUCAUCGUUAAAAUCAUUGGACAUUUCUUUGCCAGCCAGACCGCGCAGCGCAAGAUCAGGGAGAUCGUUCAGCAGGUGAAGCAGCAGGAGCAGAAACAUGCUCAGGGAGCCCCGGCCUCGCAGCACGGCAAGUGAGGCUCCCGGCGGGCCGGCCAGCAACCCCCGGUGAAUGUACCCCUGCCCACGCCUGCCACGACGAGCCCGACAGCGGAGCAAACCA